UUUUCCCGACUCGCCCCGCUUUCGAGUUGAAUUCGUCAACCUCGACCUCUCGACUUCGACUCGAUUAGACAGGACUUCAGCCGGCUUAUUGUCACCUAUACCUCACAGCUAUAGCAAUAAUGUUCCUCCGUCCCGCUGCUCGUUCCCUUUUCAGGCCGGCCGUCGCCGCUCGCGGUUUCGCCACCGCCGGCGGUCUCAAUGAGGUUGUCAUCGUGUCCGCUGCACGAACUCCCGUCGGUUCGUUCGGCAAGUCCUUGUCGAAGUUGUCGGCGGUCCAACUUGGUGGAACUGCUAUUCGCGGUGCCAUUGAGAAGGCCGGUCUGAAGCCCUCUGACAUUGAGGAAGUUUACAUGGGAAAUGUCGUCUCAGCCAACCUUGGCCAGGCCCCUGCGCGUCAGGCUGCCUUCGCCGCCGGAUGCCCGGAAAGCACUGAGGCGACUACCAUCAACAAGGUCUGCGCUUCCGGAGCGAAGGCCGUCAUCUUUGCCUACCAGAACAUUGCGAUGGGAGCACGCGACGUUAUGGUAGCCGGUGGGAUGGAGAGCAUGUCCAACGCCCCUUACUACUUCCCUCGUAACGCCUCUUUCGGUCACCAACAAGCGACGGACUCUAUCAUCAAGGAUGGAUUGUGGGAUGUUUCCAACCAGAUUCACAUGGGGACUUGCGCGGAGGAGACCGCUGUGGAAUACAAGAUUUCGCGGGAGGCGCAGGACGAGCAUGCCGUGACCUCAUACAAGCGUGCUGCCGAAGCGUGGAAGAACGGUCUCUUCAAGAAUGAGGUCGUUCCAGUCACCAUCCGUGACAAGAAGGGCGACAAGAUCAUUGCCGAGGAUGAGGAAUACAAGAACAUCAAGUUCGACAAGGUGUCGUCGCUGAAGAGUCCUUUCUUGAAAGGAGGAUCCGUGACCGCCGCCAACGCCUCCACAUUGAACGACGGCGCCUCUGCCCUCGUCCUCAUGUCCCGCGCAAAAGCCGAAGCGCUCGGCAUCAAACCCCUCGCGCGGAUCCUCUCCUUCGGCGACGCCGCCACAUCACCCAAGAAAUUCACCAUCGCGCCCUCCCUAUCCAUCCCCAUCGCUCUCAAGCGCGCCAACCUCUCCAAAGACGAUAUCAGCCUCUUUGAGAUCAACGAGGCCUUCAGUGUGGUCAUCCGCGCCAACGAGCAGAUCUUGCAGUUGGACCCAUCGAAGGUCAACAUCGCUGGUGGUGGUGUCUCGCUUGGUCACCCCAUUGGAUCGUCUGGUUCCCGUAUCUUGGUGUCUCUGGUGCACCUCCUCAAACCCGGACAGCUUGGUGUUACGGGAGUGUGCAAUGGUGGAGGUGCUGCCUCAUCUAUCGUUAUCGAGCGUUUGUAGAGUCUUCAGAGAUGUAGGCAGUCGUUCAUAAUUGGAGUAGACAUUAGGCUUGCUGAAACAACAUAGAUGCGAUUUUUUUAUUUGAUGGCGAAUGCGUGGAACUUUCAUACCCUUUUGCAUGGAUCUUGAUUAGACAUACAUUUGAUCAAAAUCAGCCUCGCAGCCAGACUUUCAUAUCCCGAAAUCUCAUGCCACCCGUCCGAUUUUUUAGCCACACGAGCUUGCGAAGAAGUCGAUGAAUUACUCUUACGGUAUCCUGGAUCAACUGUGUCCUUGAGAAGCUUGACGCACGCCGACGAUCCCUCAGCUUUGAGCAGCUUGUCGCGUCGUGAAACGCUCCCACGCGGGACCUGGUAUGUAUAUACGCAAAGUUGCCCGGGCUGUCUACCUUCGGGCCUCUUCUGAUACCAGUAUUUUUGCCAAGCGCUAUCUUCCCUAGU